AUGACCAUAGUCUCGGAUGACCCCAGCUGGUGGCCGACAAUCAGUUCAGAUAUUUUCUUAAGUUAUUGGAUGAUUGCCGGUGCCACCGUAGUGGUAUACGAUUGGGUACUAACACUCAAACAAGAAAUUGAACUGAUAUGGAGGCAACAUUGGUCUCUCAUGACUUUACUGUAUUUGGCUAUACGCUAUAUUGGAAUACCAUAUUCUGCUGUGUAUAUGCUGAGCAAUAUUACGGACUACGCAAUAGAUGGGACAGGUGUGGUCAUAACUGCCAUGUUGGGCGUCAUCAUGAUUGCUCGGUUGUAUGCCAUGUAUCAGGGAUCUAGAAUGAUGCUCAUCUUCCUUGUUAUUAUCUUCCUGGCUGUUAACAUCACCUGUGGAGUAAUCAUGGCAAUAGUACUCAAGGAUAGUGGAGGAGAGGAGCUGAUACUCUCUGGCAAAUACUACAUUUGCGCCUCUGAAUAUGAAGGGGAUGAUCAGCUCCUGAUUUCAAUGUUUUGGAUGCUCUACACUAUUUGGGAGGUCCUCGCAUUGUGUCUUUCAAUCUGGGUUGCUGUAAAACAGUUUCGUGACCUGCGACGACUUGGCUUAUCGACGGGAUCGACCAUUGGAGACUGUUUCAGAGUGCUGAUAAAAUCUCACGUACUUUAUUUUGCAAGCUUUGUCUGUGUUUCUUGCCUUGAGUUUGUGGUUAUCACUCCAGAGCUCUUGACAAAUUCUGUUGGAGCUCAGACACUCGGCGGUUUUCUUCAAAUUUUAUUGGUCAUUGAGAUGUUUUUGCUAGGACCACGCCUCAUCCUUAGCGUUCGAGAAUAUAACGCGAAAAUUGUGGCCGAAUCCGACGCAGAAACUAGUAUGGAUUCGAUUGUCUUCGAAGAGCACGUACACAUAUCAACUAGCAGUACUGUGUAG